UGUAAGCUGCUGCGAUCUACUUGCGAACGACACGCCAACAUGUUGUCCGUUUACUAUGCUGUGGGGGGCAAUGGCAGCAGGUGGUGCCACGUGUCCCUCGACGCUGGGGCCAGCAGGUGUUGCAAUGAAGGAGGAGCAGGGGGGGGCCCGUGCAUCGAGCCGCUCCGGACGGCAUGCCACGUGUCGCGCCGAAGAAGCGGCCACGUGGCGAUAUCAGCCGUUGGUCGGGAUGAUUCCGGUGAUCGGUUCUCUCGCGUGAGGGCGGGAGUCGUUGAAAGAUCGGCGCGCUUUGUGACCUCUUGUCUUUCAUCAGAGGUCGGGCUGCCGACGACCUAUCCUGGAUCACGAAGAGCGCGGUCGGCGACCGCGGCCGGUAAGUGGACGACCGAUAACAAUGCCCGAGGAAGUGCAGAGGUGACCACGUGGCCAAUUACGCGCCACGUGGCAGUUCCCUCUUCUUCUUCUUCUUCUUCUUCUUCUUCUUCUUCCUCUCCUCGAGCUUGCCGUCAGCCUCUGCUACCCCUUUUGCAGCAACCUCGGCGUUCUUGUUCCUCUUCGGUUUAUAGUGAGCCGAAGAAGCCUACGGCCGUCGGUCUCUCGUCGGGGUCGCAAUGGCGAUGUCCUGCGGUCUUCAGCCCCGCCGCCACGUGGCGCGCGCCUUGCCACUGGAUUGCGCGCGGGGGGCGUGUGGAUUGCUGCCCAUUCGUGGGUCCCGACCGCGGAGAUCGGUCGCUGACGGGGACAGGGUAUGGCACGAGCUCCGCACGUGGCGCUGACGCCACGUGCGCUGGCGAACGGGAUCGGGAUGCCUCUUGGGGAGGGGGGUUCGUGGACGGCUUCCAGGGGCCAACGGCCCCUCGAUCGAAGGUCAUAGAUGACGUGGAGGCGGCGGAGACUGGCAACGAAGGGGAAUCAGACGUCAUCUUUCUGGGCACGGGUACAAGCGAGGGAGUGCCACGUGUCAGCUGCCUGACGAACCCCGAUGCUAAAUGCCCUGACUCUAGGAAGUACUGCAGUGGUUUGACAGAAAAGGGGAUGGACAUUUCACCAGCCUGCAAACGAUGUGGCAGUCGGCAGUCGGCAGGAGGAGUCUCCGAUACAUUGAGUCAUUGAGUAAUGGGAGUGUCCUGCACUGCAUCCCUCCGCAUGUGGAGAUGGUGGAAAGAACAUUGGCAGGGAAUCGCACCAGAGUUC